CUAUGGAUAUGUGUUUGUGUAUAUGCAUGACACCUAAAACACAUAGAAAAACCUCAUACCAUCCUUUUUGAGAAUAUAAUUUCAUUUAUAGAAAAGGAUUACAGAAGAAAGAGAGAAAAAAAAAAAAACAGAAAAACAUCACACAGCUAAUGAUGGAAUGAUUCUCUUCCUCUUACUCAUUCACUCACUUUUUUAUGUUUCUCAAAUUCAGUAGCAGCAAAGAUUUUCUGGAGGCUCUAUAUGUAGAUAAGGGCAGGGCAGAAGGAUAUAUAUUUAGAGCAAAACAAGAAGAGAAGAGGGAAAUCAAGAAAAGAUGAAUAUUCAACAGGAAGUUCUCCUUCAACAGCAGCAAUAUUCUUUAGCUCCAUCUUCAUCUAUGGCUCAAAAUCAAGCUCAAGCUGCACCAACUAAGAAGAGAAGAAAUCAACCUGGAACUGCACCAUAUCCAGAUGCAGAAGUGAUAGCUUUAUCACCAAAGACACUAAUGGCAACAAACAGAUUCUUAUGUGAGGUAUGCAACAAAGGAUUCCAAAGGGAACAAAACUUACAACUACACAGAAGAGGACACAAUUUGCCUUGGAAACUAAAACAGAAGAAUACAAAAGAAGUAGUAAAAAGAAAGGUCUAUCUUUGUCCUGAAAUCACAUGUGUACACCAUGAAAUUUCCAGAGCAUUAGGUGAUCUCACUGGGAUUAAAAAACAUUACUUCAGAAAACAUGGUGAGAAGAAAUUCAAGUGUGAGAAAUGUUCCAAGAAAUAUGCAGUUCAGUCUGAUUGGAAAGCACAUACAAAAACUUGUGGCACUCGUGAAUAUAGAUGUGAUUGUGGCACUCUUUUCUCAAGGUUUGUACACUUUCAACUAGCUACUACCUUUCUUAAUUUUUUUUUUCUCUUAGUUGCUAAAAAUUAUCCAAAAAAAUCAUUUACUCUCCUGUUUCAAUUUAAGUGUUUUCGUUUGAUUAAGCAAGGAGUUUAG